CGUAACCGCAAGUCCAUGGAUAGCUCCAACUCUAGACUCCGGCAUUUUGGCUCAGCAGCAAGCUACCAAACCACACUGUACUUUCACCAGUCAUCAAAAACUGAACAUUUGACGCAACGCUACAAUCGGCUAAGCUUUCAAUCGGUGAAGUUCGCGAGAAAUGGCAUCAGGAUGGGGGAUCACAGGAAACAAGGGCAGAUGCUAUGAUUUCUGGGUUGACUUUAGCGAGUGUAUGUCUCGUUGCAGAGAACCUAAGGACUGCGGUCUCCUCCGUGAAGACUACCUUGAGUGCCUUCACCACUCUAAAGAGUUUCAACGGAGAAACCGGAUUUACAAGGAGGAGCAGCGUAAGCUACGAGCAGCUAAGCAAAAUAGCAAGGAGGGUGGAGACAGCACUGACAAACACCACGCAUAGCCAUAGUGAUGAGCUUCUGAAAUUCUAGUAAUAAAGAAUGUGCUGAGGUAAACACUUAUGGUAUGUCGAGUAAAGAGGCUACAUAGUCACACAUAUGCAGACUGCAAUUAUAUGUGAAAUUCUAGAUAUCCUUCGGGAUAGUGCUUUUCUUCAGACCGGGGUGAUUGAACCCGAGAUUACUGUUCACUGGCUCCUCUAAAGAUGGAUUGAUAUCUUAUUUUCAUGUUGGGAUUGCAGGAGUGAGAUUGUCCGCUGUGCAUCCCUAAAUUAUAAGUUCUCUUUUCAUUUAUCAUCGA